UUGACUCAUUUUCCCAGGGCUUUUUACUUAUCUGGUAUAAAUUUCAUUUUUUUUUCACACAAUAUAUUUACACGAAAGAAAAAAUUAUGAAUCGCUGUUUCUGCGCUGAUGGACUCAAGCUGAAAUAUGUAGAAGGUUGGAAUAUAGUAAGACGCUAUGUGGACCAUGUCAGCAAGGAUUCUCCUGAGAUCAAGAAAGUUUUGGAGCUUAAUCCUCGCGUGAAACGUCAGUGUCGCAUGGUGCCCACUGCUCAGGUCAAGGAGGAACGUAAAUUCUGGAUGCGUGUGCGAGAGAGAGGUUUGAAGGAACGUCCUUCACUGCUUAACAAUUUCGAGGACGUUAAGGAGUCCACGCUCUCGGAGAGAGCUGCCCUUAAGGAGGCAGCUCGUUGUCUUAAAUGCGCUGAUGCCCCUUGCCAAAAGGCUUGUCCCACCCAAAUAGACAUUGCCCAUUUCAUUGGAUGCAUUGCUAGUAAGAACUAUUAUGGAGCAGCAAAGGCUAUAUUCUCGGAUAAUCCCUUGGGGCUUACCUGUGGCAUGGUUUGCCCGACUAGUGAUCUCUGUCAGAGCAGUUGUAACCUCCACGCAACGGAAGAGGGACCCAUUAAUAUAGGUGGCUUACAGCAAUUUGCCACUAAUGUAUUUAGACGAAUGGGAGUUCGUCAAGUGGUUCCUCCAGAGGCUAAGAAUCUCAAGAAUGCCAAUAAAAAGAUUGCCCUCGUUGGUGGUGGACCCACCUCGCUGUCAUGUGCCACUUUCUUGGGUCGAUUGGGUUACAAAGACAUUACCAUUUACGAGGAAAAUGAAUAUGCUGGUGGACUGGCUGCCUUGGAGUUUCCACAAUUUCGUUUGCCAUUAGAGGCAGUAAAUUUCGAAGUGAAUCUUGUUAGACAUCUGGGUGUUCAAUUCAAAAAUGGCAUGAAGCUGGGAAGUGAAGAUUUGAAUGUGCAGAAAUUACUGAUGGAAGGUUUUGAUGCUGUUUAUUUGGGCAUAGGUCUACCAGAUCCUGUAUCGUUGCCCAUAUUUCAGGAUUUGACUGCCCAGAUGGGCUACUAUUCAUCCAAGACGUUUCUUCCUAGAGUUUCCAGUGGCUCCAAGCUGGGUUUUUGUGCCGGCUGUAAGAAGAAAAAAAUACAGUUUGAACUGCCCAAGCUAGAUGGCAAUGUGGUGGUUAUUGGUGCAGAAGGCGGUGCCUUCGCUUGUGCUCGUUGUGCCCUGCGUUGUGGGGCCAAACGUGUGUAUGUGGCGUUUCUACACGGCACAUCUGACAUAUUUGCUACUCCCGAGCAAGUGCGUCAGGCUACCGAGAAGGAAUAUGUGGAACUUUUACCCUAUCUAAUGCCCACGAAGGUAGUGGUUCGUGAUGGCAAAAUAGAAGGCAUGGAAUUUCAUCGCACCAUUCAGACUGAAGAGGGCAACAUUGAAAUAGUAGAAGAUGAGAAAAUGAGUCUUCAAGUGGACUAUGUGAUCUCGGCUUUUGGCUCAACGGUGGCCAACAAUCAACUAAAGAAAGCUCUAUAUCCUGUGGAAAUUGAUGAGCGGAGUAGGGUAAAGGUGGACCCCAAGACAUUGGCCACCAAUGUACCGAGAGUCUUUUGCGGUGGUGAUCUAGCUGGCAUUGGUCACACAGUCGUCGAGGCGGUCAACGAUGGUAAAGUGGCAGCUUGUAGUAUACACUGCAUGCUCCAAGGAAAGAAACUGGGAAUGGAGCCAGCUGAGCUACCAUUAUUUCACACAGAAAUCGAUGAGGUGGAUAUUUCGGUGGAGGUCAAUGGCCUUAAAUAUUUGAAUCCCUUUGGCUUGGCCUCAGCUCCGUCGACAACUAGUGCGGCCAUGUGUCGACGUGCCUUCGAAGAUGGUUGGGGCUUUGCGGUGACCAAGACAGUGGUCCUCGACAGGGAUGAGGUGACAAAUGUCUCACCCAGAAUAGUCAGAGGUUCCACCCAUCAUCAGGGAUCAUUUAUGAAUAUAGAACUUGUCUCGGAGAAGAAAGCCGACUAUUGGUUUUGUGCCAUAAGUCAACUGAAGAAGGAUUUCCCCAUGCAUAGGAUUAUAUGCAGUAUCAUGUGUGACUAUCGGGAGGCUGAUUGGGUGGAGUUGGCCACACUAGCAGCCAAUUGUGGCUCAGAUGCCUUGGAAUUAAAUCUAUCCUGUCCCAAUGGCAUGGCCGAGAAGGGUUUGGGUCAAGAUCCGAAAAUCGUUGCCGAUAUAUGCAGAUGGGUGAGAGGUGCCAUCAAGAUACCGUUCUACGUCAAGUUGACACCCAAUGUUACGGAUAUUGUGGAAAUAGCCAAGGCAGCGGUUGAUGGUAAGGCCAAUGGUGUGACUGCCAUCAAUACGGUGUCUUCCUUGAUGGAUCUACGUGCCGACGGCACUCCUUGGCCUGCUGUGGGCGCGGAGCAACUUACUUCAUAUGGUGGGUUGUCGGGCAGUGUGAUUCGUCCCUUGGCAUUGCGAGCCAUUUCAGCGAUUGCUAAAAAGCUGCAAAAUAUUGCUAUUCUAGGCACUGGAGGAGUUGAGUCGGGAGAGACUGCUCUCCAGUUCAUUCAUGCUGGUGCCUCACUUGUUCAAAUUUCAUCAGCCAUUCAGAACCAGAAUUUCGCCAUAAUUGAGGACUAUUGCAGUAGUCUUCGUGCAUUACUCUACCUUAAAGCCAAUCCUCCGCCUAAUGAUGGUCACCUCUGGGAUGGACAGAGUCUGCCCCAACCCUUGCAUCAGCGUGGCAAACCGAUUCUUCCCCUAAGAAACUCCAGAAAUCAACCAUUAGGCUUCUUUGGUGCAGAUCUGUGUAAACGUGAGUUGUGCAUUGAGCAAUUAUAUGAGAAAUGUGGAAGUACUUUCACCCAACCCGAUCCCCCGACUGAAGAGCAGCAGUUAGCCGUAAUGUGUACAAAACCCAAACCUGCUUCCAGUUUGGCAAAGUUACGAGGUGCUGCCCUAAAGCACAUUGGAUCCUUCAAAGCUCUGGAUGUCAAGCAGCAGCAGGUGGCUUUAAUCAAUGAGGAUUUGUGCAUCAAUUGCGGAAAAUGUUAUAUGACCUGUUGCGAUGCCGGCUAUCAGGCCAUCACCUUUGAUAAGGACAACCACAAGCCUCUGGUGGGCGAUAAUUGCACUGGUUGUUGUCUCUGCCAUUCCGUUUGCCCCAUCAUCGACUGCAUCAGCAUGGUGCCCAAGAAAAUUCCACAUGUUGUCGAUCGCGGACCAAUCGAACAAACUGGAGACUGAUGUGAAAUCUUUUAAUUCGAUUUUAUUGCUUAUAAUAGUAAUACGAUAUAUUUAAGUAGCAUGUAUUUAUUAGUAUGUAUAUACAUAUGUAUGUAUAUUAGUAUGUCAAAUUUUAUGUCAAGAAGUAAAGAAACUCUUUAGCCUUUAAAUCAA